AAUCUUGUCGUGGAGCGACGGCUAAAGUACAGAGCGGGAAAACUAAAAGAAGAAAAAGGUGUUGCUUUUGUUGCCGCUUCAACCCUGGUACCUGACUACCUGUAGUUUUUUCUUUUCCACCGCUGGACCUCGACCUGAAAAAGAUAGGUUCGCUCGCGACCAUGCCGUCGUCGACUGGAGACAGAAAGGGCCUGUGCCGCAUUGCCAAAGACAACAACCCGGGCUUGAUCGAGCAAAUUCUUCGGAGCCGCGGAUACAAAGAUAUUGUCGUUUUGGGACGGGAAACAGGCAACUUUCUACGAGGCGUUAUCGAGGAAAAGGAAAAGACGGCGGAGGAGGACAGUACCUUGAAAGAGGACGGCGUUUCUUCAUCACCUGUCUUUCAGUGGGCGCAGAAUGCGUUCGCAGUGGAUUUCAGCGUACUGGUGGGACAAAGAGGUGGUCUCAACAAAAACCUUCGCUUCGCUAACCAGCUUCAUGGCGUCUCUAUUGGGACCAAAGAGGGCAUGCUGAAGAGCGUGAGCCAGUGGUGGCAGAAAAGGAACGUCAGCACCGAUUCGACAGAAACGAAGACGGAAUUGUCAAAGGAAGAUUUUCCGCCCUGGUACCUCCCCACCUUCUUGGUAUCGGAUGUCUUGAAGAAAAAGGAGAAAGAACUCGUUAAAAUUCACGGUCAAGAGGGCGCGCACGAAAAUAAAAAAUCUUCCUCCCACUGGAUCUACAAGACGCAGACCAACAACCGUGGCAAGGGAAUUGAGGUUUUUUCCAACUUCGACAACCUUGUGACAUUUUUGAAAGACCAAUUCUCGUCGGCGAAGAUGAGCCAUAACUUGAAAAUAAAGCCCACGGGGAUCGUGCAGCAGUACCUGCAGACACCACUCUUAACGACUUCACAGCGCAAAUUCGACGUGCGUGUUUUCCUGCUGGUCGCUAGAGUGGAACCCUUUCUGGCCUACUACGCCUGUCCAUUUGAAGAAGAUGCAGGAAAGAAAAACCCUGGAGGUGCAGCACCGGUCGUCCCUGUAGCGUACCUCAAGUCCUGUGCUUGUCCGUUCGACCUGACCGAUCUGGAGACCUCCGCGCGGCACAUCACGAACCAAAGGGUGCAAAGGGAGUACCUCGGCGCGGAGCAGUAUAGUGUGGAGAUGAAUGAUCUGGUCCAGGUGUUUGAUACAAAAUUCUUGAACACCACCAUUCCUUUCUGCACCAGCAAAGAACGUCAACAUCAAGUACAAGAACAGUACCAAAAGGGCUUGCAAAUCGCGAUGGAGGGCCUUGCAGAAAUCAUCCAGGGACAGGUGAACCCGAAUCACCUCGGAAGUUUUCAACUUUUCGGCUGCGAUUUCCUUUUUGGCGAGGAUGGAAAGGUUUUUUUACUGGAAGCCAACCGCAACCCGGCAUUGCAUACGAACACGGAGGCGCUUGCGCAGAUCAUUCCGGGACUCGUUGCAGAGGCCAUUCGAAUCGUCGAGGCGGCACACAGUACAGACGAAACAACCGUCGCAGACGAUAGUCGUGGUGGUGUUGCAGGUUGUGAGAGUUUGAUGCCCAGCAAAUCGAUUCCGGAGUCGAAGAUUUUUAAACGGCUCCAUAUCUAGAAUGUAUGAUAAUUUCCAAAAAGAAAGCGGCUCAAUGAAAUGAAAAUAUCGACGCAGAGCUACAAAUCGGCGAAGCAGGCUUCCAAUGAACCGAAUGAUGAAUGUCGAUGUCCACUACCUGGUUCAAUCAGCAACUAUUUUGACGAAGUAAAACCAAAGUUUCUGUGUCAGCUAUCAU